AUGGUCGUCUUGAGCGAGGAUGUGGCGCCUAAAGCGUCUACCUCCAACGGAACGCGCUUCCUCGAUCCUUCCCAGGCAGUAGCACAUCUUGCGAGCUACACCAGGGGGGAUGGACUCUCCCUGCGAGAGCUCAUGGAUUCGCGUCAGCACGGCGGUCUCACAUAUAAUGACUUUCUUGUACUGCCGGGCCACAUCGACUUUCCCGCUAGUGCCGUCACGCUCAACUCGCAUGUGACGCGCAACAUCAAGCUGCAGACGCCCUUUAUGUCUUCGCCUAUGGACACAGGCAAAUCGCAAGCUGACGGUCCACGAUUUUUUGCAGUCACGGAGUACCAGACAGCGGUGGCAAUGGCGCUUCUCGGGGGCGUAGGCGUCAUCCAUCACAACAUGUCGCCCACCGAACAGGCACGGCAAGUCAAGGCAGUCAAGAAGUACGAGAACGGCUUCAUCACGGAUCCAGUCUGUCUCCAGCCAAGCCACAUCGUCCAAGAUGUCCUAGACGUCAAAGAGCGAUACGGCUACUCCGGUAUUCCCGUCACAGAUACUGGCAGGCUCAAGGGCAAGCUGUUGGGCAUAGUCACUGCGCGAGACAUCCAGUUCAGGUCAAGCACAGCCAGUCUCGAGUCCGUCAUGACGCCACGAAGCGAGCUUGUCGUUGCACGCGAAGGCAUCACCCUCGAAGAGGCCAACAAGGUCCUGCGAGACUCGAAAAAGGGCAAGCUACCCGUCAUCGACGAAGACGGCAGGCUUCGAUCCUUGCUCGCCCGGUCGGAUCUGCUCAAGAACAAAGACUACCCGCUCGCGUCCAAGAAGCCAGAAUCGAAACAGCUCUACUGUGCUGCAGCUGUGGGCACGCGCGAGCCUGAUCGCGAUAGGCUCAACUUGCUCGUCGAGGCCGGUCUGGAUAUCGUCGUGCUCGACUCGUCGCAAGGCAAUUCGGUCUACCAGAUCGACAUGAUCAAGUGGAUCAAGAGCACCCAUCCCACGCUCGAAGUCAUCGCGGGCAAUGUCGUCACGCGGGAGCAAGCUGCCGAGCUCAUUCAGGCCGGCGCUGAUGGUCUGCGCGUGGGCAUGGGUAGCGGAUCGAUCUGCAUCACGCAAGAGGUCACUGCAGUCGGUCGACCGCAAGGCACUGCCGUCUUUGCCGUCGCAGAGUUUGCCAACCAGUUCGGCGUGCCUGUCAUCGCAGAUGGGGGUAUCUCAAACGUCGGACAUAUCGCAAAGGCGCUCGUCCUCGGCGCUUCGGCUGUCAUGAUGGGCAGCCUGCUCGCCGGCACGACAGAAUCGCCGGGAGAGUUCUUCUACCACGAAGGGAAACGGCUCAAGAAGUACCGCGGUAUGGGCAGUAUCGAUGCAAUGGAGCACCAACAGAAAGGCCAGAAGCAGAAUGCGAGUACCAAGGCGCUGGUCCAGCAGGCGUUGGCCGAGUCCGAAGUCGACAAUGCUGCCACGUCACGAUACUUUUCCGAGAGCGAUACCGUGCGAGUUGCCCAAGGCGUCACAGGAGCUGUACAAGAUCGAGGUUCGCUCAAGACUUUCCUGCCUUACCUCUACGUUGCAUUGCAACACUCGCUCCAAGAUGCUGGCGUCUCGAGCCUGGCGCAGUUCCGCUCAGAGGCCAUCUCUGGCAAGCUCAGAUUCGAGCUGCGGACUGCUUCUGCUCAGGUCGAGGGGGGCGUGCAUGGCCUGACCAACUACGAGAAGCGUCUACGAUCAGGACGUCUCAAGGCGACAAUGAUGCGCUCACUUUGCUUAGCGAUAGCCGCUGCCGCCUCUGCGCAUGCGUUCCUGGACACAGCGCCCUUCCUGGCUUGGCAAAGCGAAGGGAUGCUUCGGGAGAGUGCGAGCGCUCCUUGUGCGGAGAGCAGGCCGUCCCUCACCCUGCUAACGAUACCUCACCUGCGAUCGGACGAUAUUGCCCACCUCACCACACUCAAGGCGCCUUACCACGCUGCAGAUUCACGAAUCCAUGUGCCUUACUGCUCGCGCAAGGACAGCUUGAGGCGGAUCGAUGCUCUCACUCGCUGUCAUGACGAUUCGGAGAUGACCUGGCACAGCCUCGAGAGCGAUUCGAAGCAGCUCAAGUCAGCCUCGACCUCUUCGCGCAAGGACAUCCUCCGCAAGCUGAAUGAGCGGCUGGCUACGCUGCUGAGCGAUGACCCGUCGGUCAUUGUGUCGACUGUGGGCGAACAAACCCUUCGACGCCGAUUGCGCAGACGACAGCUCGAGAUCGACAAUGAGGCUGAUGCAGCGACCGAUCAGCCUGCUCUAUCGCCUGCCUAUGAUGCUCGACCAAGCUAUCUCGAUGCAGAGCACGCGGAGAUGAACGGCAGCCUCGAGCAGUACACCUCACCGAGCUCUGUAUUGCAGAGUCAUCUGCCGCUCGCUUCAGGCGAAGCACCCCAAGCCGCGGCAUCCCGACAGUCUUGGGAGAACUCUGGCGCAGCGCUCAGUCCUGACACUUCAGAGGGCGUACUCGAAGAUGCAGAGGUCGACCAGAUGCCAUCUCAGGCAGCUCCUCGUGUGCAAGAGAUGCCAGACCCCAAUUCGGGCCUGAGCUAUCGCUACACCUUUGUCAACCCGAUCCUCAUCUUCUCCAUUCUCAUCAUGGUCCUCAUCUUCAUUCCCGCCGCUCUCAUGAGCAUCAACGCGCUCAAUUCGAUCGAGCUGCUCAGAGGGCUAGAACAUAAGAUGAUCGGUGGACAAUCUGCAGACAGUAAGAAAGACUCAUGA